AUGCCGGGCUUCUUUGACAAAAUCCAAGCAAGGUUCGAAAUCUACCGUCUCGAGCAGCGCUACACGCGCAACAGACACCGUCGAAGUACUUUUAUCAGCAAUGCCAUGUACGUAGAUGGCGAGUACGUCUACCAAACACCCAGCACGACUGGUUCGUCGACCAACAGCUCCACCGCGUCUUCACCAGUCGAAGAGACCGCAUCUCCCAGCUUCCCGGCGCCCAGCUCGCCCACAGAUCAAUACGCGCCCCAGACGCCGCCGCAGAAGAAGCGGUCAAACAGGCUCUCAGCUAUGCCGGGGUUCGGCUCCCUAGCACCCAAGAGCAGCUGUACAAGUCUACGGCACAACGGGAGAGCGCGAUAA